ACUUCCGCAUUACAUGCGUUUAUCAUGAACAAAAUCUUUGUGACAGCACUCUAACUAAACAUUCUAUUUAUUGAUGCCUAUUAUUAGCCAGGCCAUGCCCUUCUAGUGACGCAACACCUUCAGCGUCUCGAAGAAGUCAAGUCAGGUCAAGUCUCGAAUCAGGCUAGCCUGUUCUCCUUCCUCCUUUCCAAGAGAAGUUCUGCUUAGGAACUACUGACAGCUGAAUGCUGAUUGGUCCUUUUCCACAUGAGUGCUUUUCAGUCCUCUCUUUCUCUCAGUGUGUUUCCCAGAGCCACUCAGAGUGCUAAAUCAUGGCCACAUUACAAUACUUUGUCUGUGCACUCAUCAUCCUGUCUCUGUCACUGGAUGGAGCCAAUGGAUAUUACUUCGCAUCGGAAGAUCAGUGCCAUUUCACCUCCCCAGACCAGUAUCUGGAGUUUACCCAAACCCUUUGGUUUAACAAGGCUGCAUUUAUGCGCUUUAACAGCACCUUGGGGGAGUGGGAGGGCUACACGGCAUUCGGAGUGCAGAUUGCAGCCCUGCGCAACAAAGAUAAAGCCUUUCAAACACGGAUGCGGGCAGAGAAGGAGAGAUACUGCAGGCGCAAUACCCAAAUUGAGAUUAUUUGCAUACUGACACAGACAGCUGAGCCAGAGGUGAAGUUGAGACUGACAAAGGCGUCCAGUAGUGGCCAUCCAGCCAUGCUGGUGUGCAGCGCCUACGACUUCUACCCAAAGCGGAUCAAGCUGACCUGGUACAGAGAUGGCAAGGAGGUGACUGGUGACAUGAUAUCCAGUGAGGAGCUGGCGGAUGGAGACUGGUACUACCAGGCCCACUCCUACCUGGAGUUCACUCCCAAAGCUGGAGAGAAUAUCUCCUGUGAGGUGCACCACACCAGCCUCAAGGAGCCUCUCGUGGUCCAUUGGGACUCCUCCAUGCCUGAGCCUGAGAGGAGUAAGAUUGCCAUUGGGGCAGCAGGCCUGGUGCUGGGGUUCGUCGUCACUGCUGCUGGCUUCAUCAACUACAAGAGGAAGUCUAGAGGUAUGUGGUGUUACUGUAGCGCUGUGUAGUGUUAUAAUGUAGAAGUGUGUAGUGUUACUGUAGAGUUAGAGUGUAGCUCUGUGUAGUGUUAUAAUGUAGAAGUGUGUAGUGUCAGAGUCUAGCGCUGUGUAGUGUGUGUAAUGUUGUAGUGUAGAUGUGUAGUGUUUACGUGUAGAGGUGUGUAGUGUUUCUGUGGUGUUAGAGUGUAGCGCUGUGUAGUGUUUAAGUGUAGAGGUGUGUAGUGUUUCUGUAGUGUUAGAGUGUAGCGCUGUGUAGUGUUUAAGUGUAGAGGUGUGUAGUGUGUGUAGUGUUAGAGAUGUGUAGUGUAACUAGUUUAGAGAGUAGAGUGUGUAGUGUCACUACACUUAGUCUUACUUAGAGUGGAGGAGUGUAGAAGUGUGUGUAGUAUUUUUGGCCCAAGUGACACACAACACACAUUAACCAUGCAAGGAUUAUCCCAGACCUAAGAGGUGUAAAAAAAUGAA